CUCAUUAACCAGGCUCAUAAAACUCAUCCCACAUUAAAUACUGAAUAAUAAUGAAGAAUGUGUAGUAUAAAAGGGCUGUAAUUUAAUCACUCAACACAGUCUCGAACUACCCUUCCAACAAACAUCAACCAUGAAGAUCCAGGUAGCAAUCCUCUUGGUCAUCGUAACUAUUGUGGCAGCUGAAGAUUCGGCUCAGAUAUACUGCGGGAGACAACUAUCGAGGACCUUGGCGGGGCUUUGUUAUGAGAAAUACUACAGUCAAGAAAAACGAUCACCGCACAGUGAGUUUUAUGACUUCGGAUCACAGUACAUUUCACCUUGGCUGGCAGAUUCCACAGCUCAGAGACUGAAUGGUGUCAGAGGCAAGAAGUCAGUCGGAAUUGUCACGGAGUGCUGCGACAAGCCGUGUACGGUGGAAGAGAUGAUGACUUACUGCUAGAAUUGCCGAUGGCUAUGGGCAGCUGAUAGAGAGUUAUAAAUAGAGGCUUCACAACUACUCAGAA